CUGAAAACGCGGACCCCCUUAAAACCCUAGAGUUUUGCUUCCCACAAAGGAAGGAAACAGAGCCCAGCGUCGCUGCAACACCAUUCUCUCGGCCUCCUCUUCAUCGGGUCAGCAGCAGCAAACAGGGUUAUUGAAAAAAUGGCAUACCAAGCAGUGAAGUCGGCAAAGGUUGGUAUGGAGGAGCCUCAGGAGCAGGUUCAUAAGAUUAGGAUCACACUUUCCUCCAAAAACGUCAAGAACCUCGAGAAAGUUUGUUCUGAUCUGGUUCGUGGGGCCAAGGAUAAGCGACUCAGGGUGAAGGGACCUGUAAGAAUGCCCACCAAGGUUCUUCACAUCACUACUAGGAAGUCUCCUUGCGGUGAAGGAACUAACACCUGGGAUACAUUUGAGCUCCGAGUUCACAAGCGGGUGAUUGACCUUUUCAGCUCUCCGGAUGUGGUGAAGCAAAUCACCUCGAUCACUAUUGAGCCUGGUGUAGAAGUUGAAGUUACAAUUGCUGAUUCUUAACUUUCUUUGUCAGAGCGUCAUAGUUAGGUAGCAGGUGGUGGCUGGGAAUGUUACAUGUCCAACCCCACCUCCUUAUGCUUCAAUAUUCAUGGCACAUAGCGAGUGCUUUUUUGGUUUACAGUUUUGAAGUGUAGACUACUGGUGGGAUGAGAGGAAUAUUCAGUUCUUUAUGAAUUUUAAUUUUGAGCUUCAUGUAAAAUUUUCUUUUAUACUCUCAAUGUGUGGAACUUUGGGUUGCAAAUGUUACAUGUAUUAGUAUGAUUUUUC